AAAUGGGAAUUAUUGAACCGGAUAAGGUGACGGCGACACAAUCGAUAUCCACUUCUAUUUCCAUCCCUUGGGAAAAAACUCUCGAAAGCCCACCCUUUCCCCUUUCCUUUACACGCUCUCUCACAUUGUCUCCCAUUUCCACCCCCCCCAUCCAGACACUCCCCAAGGUCAAUGGCUAGUCUACUAUACUCCUUGCAACCUACUCUUCACCAGUUCCAUAUCUCUUCUUCCUCAUCAUCACCAUCACCAUCACCAUCGUCUUCGUUUUGUUCUCCUUCGGCUACAGUCUCUCUCUUCAGCUCCACCACCUUACCCACCAAACUCCCAAAUUCACUGGCCCUCACACUUUCCUCUUAUAAAUCCAGUUUUUUGAAGAAUCUCAAACCCGUUUCGCUAACACCCAGAACAAACCAUGGCAAUGGCAGUUCACUAUCUAUACGGAUGUCGUGGGGCGGCCCGCUAUCUUCCGUGAAAUUGAUCAUUCAGGGAAAAAAUUUGGAGUUAACUGAUACUGUCAAGAACCAUGUGGAAGAGAAGGUGGGCAAGGCAGUGGCUAAGCACAGUCAUUUGGUUAGGGAGGUGGAUGUCAGGUUGUCAGUUCGGGGUGGAGAGUUUGGGAAAGGCCCAAGAAUUCGGCGGUGUGAGGUUACAUUGUAUGCAAAGAAGCAUGGCGUGAUUCGUGCAGAGGAAGAUGCUGAGACAGUCUUUGGCAGUAUAGAUUUGGUCUCAUCAAUAAUACAACGGAAGUUGAGGAAGAUUAAAGAGAAAGAGUCGGACCAUGGGCGGCACAUGAAGGGGUUUGACAGAUUGAAAGUUAGGGAGCCCACGGUACAAGCAGUGGAGGAAAAGGCAGAAGAAAAUGAGGAAGAUGCACUCCCUCAAGAAGAGGAUAAACAAAUCAUUAAUGAGAUUGUCCGCACAAAGUACUUUGACAUGCCACCUUUGACUGUCUCUGAAGCAAUUGAGCAGCUGGAAAAUAUUGAUCACGACUUCUAUGGUUUCAGAAAUGAAGAAACUGGUGAAAUUAAUAUCAUAUACAAAAGAAAAGUUGGAGGAUAUGGUCUUAUUAUACCUAAAGAAAAAUUUGAAGCAGAGAAACUAGAACCUAUGGUGGUAAAACCAGAUAGGGAACCCUCCUUGGCGGACUAAAUGUGCCUAGCAAUGGAAGAUUGAUCAUUUCCUGAGAUAAUUUAUCUUGCUGUAUCUUCAAACUGUGGCAACAAUCUAUUUUAAGGCCAAGGCAUGUUGAGAAUCCAAGAUGUUCCAGAUUUAUAGUUUGGUCGACGAAGGGAGAAAUUUUGCGAUGCAUGAACAUGUUUAUGAAGACGAUUAGUUCUACUAAGAUGAGAUGCACCAUGUGGUUUCAAACACAGCAACUACAUUUAACUGCUUCUAAUUACAAUCUGUAUAUAAAUGAAUUAGCCCAGAAUCUUCUACUUUUU